UUGUGUGUUGAGUCUCUCCAGCCUGCAGGGUGGGACUGCAGCAGGAGCAGGCAGGGAGGCUGACUGUGGCUGAGGGCAGUCUCUGGAAAAGGAGUGUUCCCAGUGGUGAGCCCGCCUGUGCAGCUCUCUGGGGCCCGGGUGAGAUGGGGAGCUUCAUUUUGCCGUCCAGCAGAGUGGCCUCCUUUGGGGCUGGGCCCUGGGAGUGGUGGGGGCAUCCGGGGCCGUGUAGGCAGGCGCUCUGCUCAACAAGCUUGGCACUGAGGCGGGACACCUCUGGCAGCCCCACGGGGACCUUCCCCAGCUUCUCCCCACCCCAGGGGCUUGGCUUCUGGCUAGCCAGGGGCCCUAUGUGGGGACAGUUAUGUGGCCCCAGGCAGAGAGGUCCUGCUGUCUGUUUGCUGAAGGAGGAAAAACAACACUCGGACUAUUGAUUCAGCUUCACCUUGGCGCUCCUGGCUCAACAGCUAGUGUUUGCCCUGGCUGCCCGGGCUCAGAUUACGCAAGGCUGGUGGGUGUGGAGCGACCGAGGGGGCUGCUGGAGGCCUGCAGGCCAGGACUGGGUGGCCCCAGCGUUUCCCAGGAAACUGUAUAAAAAAAGAGCCUGAGCCCCUGACUUUGCUGAUGGUCUGGGCCAAAGAGGGAGGGUGAAGCCACUGUGAUCCCCCCUCCCCGUGCUCAGCCCCCAAAGCCCCCAUCCCACCUUAGGUUACCCACUCUUUCUUGCCAGGGGCUGGGGGUCUUUGCAGGUAACUCCCUAUGGCUGGUUCUCCUUUGCUGAACUAGGAAGCCCUAGUGAGCUGUGUAGACACCGCCCAUUAAAAAACUUUAAAAAGCCAACAUUUUAUUCCUUUAUAAAAUAUACCUGGGUAAUUUGGAAAAUAUACAUGACACAAAAGAAAAUAACAAUUACUCAUAAUUCUCACCACCUUGAGAGAACCACUGUUAGCAUGUGUCCUUCCAGAUUAUGUUUUGUGGUUUUAUAUAAAUAUACAUGUAUAAAUAGUUUUUUAAAAACAAAACGGGAUUAUAGGUACCUACUGCUUUAUAACCCACUUUUUUUUUUUUUUUUUUUUUUUUUUUUUUACGGUACGCGGGCCUCUCACCGUUGUGGUCUCUCCUGUUGCGGAGCACAGGCUCCGGACGCGCAGGCUCAGCGGCCAUGGCUCGCGGGCCCAGCCGCUCUGCGGCAUGUGGGAUCCUCCCAGACCGGGGCACAAACCCACGUCCCCUGCAUCGGCAGGCGGACUCUCAACCACUGCGCCACCAGGGAAGCCCUCCCUCAUCCUCCCCGCGCAGUCCCACCCGUCUUGGUCCCAUGCCCCCGCCAGUCAGCCCCGGGCCACAGGCAGUGAGCAGGCACGCGGGAGCCGAGGCCCUGUGACCAGGCCAAGGAGACGGGGGCUCCGGGGUCCCGGCCACCUGUCCCCCCCAUGGAGCUGAGGCCCUGGUUGCUAUGGGUGGUAGCAGCAGCAGGAGCCUUGGUCCUGCUGGCGGCCGAUGCCCGUGGCCAGAAGGUCUUCACCAAUACCUGGGCCGUGCGCAUUCCUGGAGGCCCAGCCGUGGCUGACAGUGUGGCACGCAAGCAUGGCUUCCUCAACCUGGGCCAGAUCUUCGGCGACUAUUACCACUUCUGGCAUCGAGCGGUGACAAAGCGGUCCCUGUCACCUCACCGCCCGCGGCACAGCCGGCUGCAGCGGGAACCUCAAGUACAGUGGCUGGAGCAGCAGGUGGCAAAGCGACGGACCAAACGGGACGUGUACCAGGAGCCCACGGACCCCAAGUUUCCCCAGCAGUGGUACCUGUCUGGUGUCACCCAGCGGGACCUGAACGUGAAGGAGGCCUGGGCCCAGGGCUACACGGGGCGUGGCAUCGUGGUCUCCAUUCUGGACGAUGGCAUCGAGAAGAACCACCCGGACUUGGCAGGCAAUUAUGAUCCUGGGGCCAGCUUCGAUGUCAAUGACCAGGACCCUGACCCCCAGCCUCGGUACACGCAGAUGAAUGACAACAGGCAUGGUACACGGUGUGCAGGCGAGGUGGCCGCAGUGGCCAACAACGGUGUCUGUGGCGUAGGCGUGGCCUACAAUGCCCGUAUUGGAGGGGUGCGCAUGCUGGACGGUGAAGUGACAGAUGCGGUAGAGGCACGCUCGCUGGGCCUGAAUCCCAACCACAUCCACAUCUACAGCGCCAGUUGGGGCCCCGAGGACGACGGCAAGACCGUGGAUGGGCCAGCCCGCCUUGCUGAGGAGGCCUUCUUCCGGGGGGUCAGCCAGGGCCGCGGGGGGCUGGGCUCCAUCUUUGUCUGGGCCUCUGGGAACGGGGGCCGGGAACAUGACAGCUGCAACUGCGACGGCUACACCAACAGCAUCUACACGCUGUCCAUCAGCAGCGCCACGCAGUCCGGCAACGUGCCCUGGUACAGUGAGGCCUGCUCGUCCACGCUGGCCACAACCUACAGCAGUGGAAACCAGAAUGAGAAGCAGAUCGUGACCACUGAUCUGCGGCAGAAGUGUACGGAGUCUCACACAGGCACCUCUGCCUCUGCCCCCUUGGCAGCGGGCAUCAUCGCUCUCACCCUGGAGGCCAAUAAGAACCUCACCUGGCGGGACAUGCAGCACCUGGUGGUACAGACCUCAAAGCCAGCCCACCUCAAUGCUAACGACUGGGCCACCAAUGGUGUGGGCCGCAAAGUGAGCCAUUCGUAUGGCUACGGGUUACUGGACGCAGGUGCCAUGGUGGCUCUGGCCCAGAACUGGACGACGGUGACCUCCCAGCGGAAGUGCAUCAUCGACAUCCUCACUGAGCCCAAGGACAUCGGGAAGCGGCUGGAGGUGCGGAAGACUGUGACCGCCUGUGUGGGGGAGCCCAGCCACAUCACGCGGCUGGAACACACUCAGGCGCGGCUCACCCUGUCCUACAACCGCCGCGGUGACCUGGCCAUCCACCUGGUCAGCCCCAUGGGCACCCGCUCCACCCUGCUGGCCGCCAGGCCGCACGACUACUCUGCAGACGGGUUUAACGACUGGGCCUUCAUGACGACCCAUUCCUGGGACGAGGACCCCUCUGGCGAGUGGGUCCUGGAGAUAGAAAACACCAGUGAAGCAAAUAACUAUGGGACACUGACCAAGUUCACCCUCGUGCUGUACGGCACGGCCCCCGAGGGGCUGCCCACACCUCCUGAGAGCAUCGGCUGCAAGACCCUCACGUCCAGCCAGGCCUGUGUGGUGUGCGAGGAAGGCUUCUCCCUGCACCAGAAGAGCUGUGUCCAGCGCUGCCCUCCAGGCUUCACUCCCCAAGUCCUCGACACGCACUACAGCACCGAGAACAACGUGGAGAUCAUCCGGGCCAGCGUCUGUGCCCCCUGCCACGCCUCGUGUGCCACGUGCCAGGGGCCAGCCCCCACAGACUGCCUCAGCUGCCCCAGCCACGCCUCCCUGGACCCUGUGGAGCAGACGUGCUCCCGGCAAAGCCAGAGCAGCCGAGAGUCGCCACAGCCGCAGCAGCCGCCGCCCGCGGAGGUGGAGGCAGAGCCGCGGCUGCGGGAGGGGCUGCUGCCCUCACACCUGCCCGAGGUGGUGGCCGGCCUCAGCUGCGCCUUCAUCGUGCUGGUCUUCGUCACUGUCUUCCUGGUCCUGCAGCUGCGCUCGGGCUUCAGCUUCCGAGGGGUGAAGGUGUACACCAUGGACCGUGGCCUCAUCUCCUACAAGGGGCUGCCCCCCGAAGCCUGGCAGGAGGAGUGCCCGUCCGACUCAGAAGAGGACGAGGGCCGGGGCGAGAGGACCGCCUUUAUUAAAGACCAGAGCGCCCUUUGACGAGCGCCUACUGCCCGCCCCUUCGAGCCCAUCCCCUCCUGGGGCACUUUUUAAUUCACCAAAGUAUUUUUUUAUCUUGGGACUGGGUUUGGACCCCAGCUGGGAGGCAAGAGAGGCAGAGACGGCUUCCCACCCUACCCUUGGGCCCCCCGGCUGCCUGAGGUGGGACCCCAGGACCAGCUGGGGAGCAGAGGAGGGCCUCUGCCCACCCCCAGCACGCCUGUGUGUGGAGAAAGGAGUGAAACCUUUAGGGCAGCUUUCCAAGGUCCAGGCCCCAGCCAGAGUUCCCUGCGGAGUGAAGAGGGGCAGCCCUUCCCUUAUGGGAUUCCUGAUUCGGGCUGCAGUUCUCGCCCCUUCCCUGUCCCUCUAAAGCAAUAAUGGUCCCCAUCCAGGCAGCAGGGAGGCUGGCCUAGGGGGUAUUUGAAGGAGGAGGCCACCUCUCUAAGGGCUUUUGCAUCCCUGACCCCGUCCCCCACCUCUGGUGAGCCUCGGGCGGAAGCAGUAAGCAAAGGAAGGGACCAAGGCAAGGCAGGCACUUCCAGGGUGCACACGUGUGUGCACACGUGUGUGUGUCCCUUUGCCCACCUCCACUACAGCUGGCUGCCUGCUGAGCGAGGCUGGCCCAGCCCCGUGCUGGUGUGCUGACCACCCUUCCCUCUCUGGCACCCUUUCCUCCUGCCAGGGCCCAAGUCCCUGUUUUCUGAGCCCGGGGCUGCCUGGGCUGUUGGCACUCACAGUCCCGGAGCCCCUGGGUGGGUGGUGGGGAGGGACGGUGGCCCAGCCGGCCUCUCCCGCCUCCCACCCGAUGCUGCUUUCCCCUGUGGGGAUCUCAGGGGCUGUUUGAGGAUAUAUUUUCACUUUGUGAUUAUUUCACUUUAGAUGCUGAUUUUUUUUUUUUUUUUUUUUUGGUAUUUUUAAUGGGGGUAGCAGCUGGACCAUCCACCUUCCCACACCCACUGUCCACCCUGCUGUUCCCCCCGGCUGCCCUGGCCCUGAGGUGUGGGGGUCUGCAGCGUGUUGCUGAGGAGUAGCUGAGCCCCGGGUUCUGAAGAGGCAGGCCAGGCCAGGCGGGCCCUAGGAAAGGAGGAGUACGAUAGAAGGGGCAGGCUGUCGUCCAUUUCAGAUGGGGCUCCUCGUGCCAAGGGCUCAUGGGUCAGUGGUUCUCCAAGUGCCAGGGGUGGGCAGGCAGUGGCACUGAGCCCCCUCCAACACUGUGCCCUGGUGGAGAAAGCACUGACCUGUCCUGCCCCCCAAGGCCCCCUCUUCUGACGUGCCUUUUGUACCCCUCCCAUUAGGACAAUCAGUCCCCUCCUGUUUGGGAGCCCCCUUUUCUUUCUCUCCCCUAGCCCCUCCUGACACCCAGCCACCUGCCCAGGGGCACCCCCGCCUCUCCCACCCCCCCCACCCUUGUGGCCAGCCCAGCUGGUUUUGUAAGAUACUGGGUUGGUGCACAGUGAUUUUUUUUUUUUUCUUGUAAUUUAAACAGGCCCAGCAUUGUUGGUUCUAUUUAAUGGACACGAGGUAAUGUUAGAGGUUUUAAAGUGAUUAAACGUGCAGACUAUGCAAACCAG